AUGUCAACCAAGAAACCGCCGGUGAACUUUACACGAAUGAAUUUUAUGGUCAAAGCGUACCUGAUCAUAUCAUUAAUUAACCUUGAUAAUGUCUCGUUAGAUGUGUAUGCGGAUUCCGACUCGGAGGAUGACCCUAGGUGUCAAGAACCUGAAGAAAUUGUUAAUGAAACGCCAAAGAAAGUAAAAUCCCCCAGGAAAACAAGAAUCAAGUCGCGUAAAUUACUGGCGAGUAACUUGACACCCCAAAGUCACAAGGAAAAACAUAUGAAGGCUCAUUCAACUAAGAAAACAUAUCCAAAUUCGGAAGUAAAAGAUUUACAACAAGUACUUGAGGCGGUAAAUUCUUGCAACAAAAGAAUAGAUAACUUGGAAACCAUUACUGCCAAUCUGGACAAAAAUUUGACUAAUUCUGUUUUUGACUGUAGAGUUGUGAAUAAUAUGGUGUGUGAAUUGAAAAGCGAGUUAUUCACAUCAAUCGACAGCAAAUUGAAGCACCAACUAUCAGUAAUGCGAGAAGACCAAAAUAGUUUCAAAAAUGAAAUGGAAGAGAAAUUAAAAAAAGCAGAAACAGAAGUGAAACGGCUCCAAGGUCGGGUCAGGUCACUUGUGGAAGAGAAAACCAAUCUGUUGAAGCGGAUAAAAAGCUUAGAAAUUGACAAUAAAACAUUUAAAGACGAAGUAAGUUCGCUAAAUACAGCUAUAAAAGUAAACUAUAAUGAUGAUAUCAACACAAAUCCAACGUUAAUACAGUGUGAAAAUUCAGUUGUUGACUCAACCAAAGAAGCUAAUCCAGACGCUGCUGCUAAUAAUUCUCCCAAUAUCACUGCUGCCGAAAACCCUGACACCGAAACUCCCAACGUUAAAAUUCCGGACAAUGGAAAUGCUACCAAUCAUGACGAAUAUGACUUUGUCAUGUUAUGUGACUCGAACAGGAAAUUCUUAAACAUAAGUAAGCUGUGUUCGAGUAGACAUAGCAAAAUCAUUCCCUGUAAUACAACAAAAAAGGCCAAAGAAAUUCUAGAGUCGCCCAGAUUUGAUGUCAAAAAAGGAAUCAUCAUAAACACAGGAGUCAAUGACCUUGAGAACCUAUCUGCAGGCGAGAUUGUAAAAUCCCAAGUUCAAAUGACAAAUAUGGCGGCAAAAAGAUUUCCGGGAAGACAAAUUUUUCUAUGUGGUAUCACUCCAAGAGUUAGAUAGAAAAAUCCCUGACAUUAAUGAUGACAUUGAUGAGGAGAUCAAAGAUAUCCCCAAUGUUAGCCACGUAUAUAAUGGGAAUCUACGUAAUGGCAAACUGUACUUUGAUGUCAAACAUUUGAAUAGAAGAUUUGGUAUCCCCGCUUUGGAAAAGAACAUCAAGAAUGAGUUGCGUAAGAUUUUCGGGGGUAACAGAAAGGAAAACACCAGCACCCAACAAAAGAGUGUACCUAGCAAUCAAAACCAGGAAGGAAGUCACCACAGUAAUGCAGGUCAAGUUCAAAACUUCGAUAAGGAGUUGGGGAGGAGUCCGCAGGAAGAUACACAGAAUGCAGUAUUUCUACCAACGAUGACUGGUAUUCAGGAUGAACGUAAACAG